GUGAUGGUCACGAUACAACCUGGCCACACACAGAUUCAAGAUCAGCUUAGAUGAAUUUAUUUCACAGGAGCUGUAGUCCAUAAAUUGACCACGCGAGUCGCAGUGAACUGCGCAUCUGCUGUCGGAAACCAAAAGCGUUUAUAGCAACUGGACUGCAGUUGUGGCUGCAAGAGCCAGACGGUCAUGUAACUGGAUGUAGGAGGUGUUUUAAGUGAUCCAGUGACAGCCCUCCUAAACCAACACCAGACUGCCUGGAAGUGUGAAGAAAGCCCAGCAACACGCAGCCAUGUUGGAGGAGGACAUGGAAGUGGCCAUCAAGGUGGUGGUGGUGGGCAACGGUGCGGUGGGGAAGUCCAGCAUGAUCCAGCGUUACUGCAAGGGCAUCUUCACCAAGGACUACAAGAAGACCAUCGGUGUGGACUUCCUGGAGAGACAGCUACUAGUGAAUGAUGAAGAUGUGAGAUUGAUGUUGUGGGACACGGCAGGGCAGGAAGAGUUUGACGCCAUCACCAAGGCCUACUACCGCGGUGCCCAGGCGUGUGUACUGGUCUUCUCCACCACCGACAGGGAGUCGUUUGAGGCCAUCGGCAGCUGGUGGGAGAAGGUGGAGAUAGAGGUGGGAGACAUCCCCACUGUCCUGGUGCAGAACAAGAUUGACCUACUGGAUGACACGGUGAUCAAAAAUGAGGAGGCAGAAGGUCUGGCCAAGAAGCUCAAGUUGAGGUUUUACCGAACCUCCGUAAAGGAGGACCUCAAUGUCAAUGAAGUUUUUAAAUACCUAGCAGAUAAGUAUCUGCAGCGACUGAAGCGGAAAACAGCAGAAGAGCCUGAGGUAGUCCAUACAACUAGCAAUAAAAUUGGAGUUUUCAACACCACAAGUAGUAACUUAUCUAGUCAGAACUCCAGCAACGGCCGAGAAGUCAUCAGCUUGCGACCCAACAAACAGAGGACAAAGAAAAGCAAAAACCCCUUUGGUAGCUGCAGCCUUCUUUAGAAUCAAUCCAUUCCCUACAAUAAUGUACAAUUUGACUGCCAUGUGUGAGUGUAAGAGUCUAUACAUUUGAGCAUAACCUACAGGUAUAGGUCUUAAUUUGAUCCCUCUUUUGUUGCUGAGAAUUUCCCUGCAAAUGACCUUCAUGAUGGACAUAAAUUCACAAAAUCUGCACUUAUAACACAGUUAUAUUAACAGUAUUGCACUUCAUGUAGCCUAAUUUUGGCCAGCUAAUAGUCUAACCACAGAACAAGCAACACUAAAAGUUAAAAUCCUGUUGCUGCAGGAUUAUUUUUGCUCUGACAAUAUUGGUCAAAUGAAGAUCCAACAUCUGUAAAUCUAAUAUGCACCUGAGUAUUGUGACUACCAUGCCUUUGAGCAUCUUUACAGAUCAAGUGCAGCCUUUGUUUCUCAAGGAUAGAUGUAUGAAAUAUAAAGCGAAAGUAACAAUAGUCGUCCUGGUGGCUGUAAUGGGUACUACAAUCCAACACAGACGCUAUGUUGUAGCAUGAAUGUAAUGCUUGAAGCAGAUCUUUUGAGAAAUAGUAGUUGGGCGUGACAGGGUUCUCCCAUUUACACCCUUGAACAUGGUGUAGGGAAGGGUUACAUUCUAGUUCACUAACAAGGUGUAUUUGUAUGUUCAUAUUGUGAUUUUUAUAGAUGACCAUUUGUGCAUUUGACUGUUCAUCUGUGCAAUCUGUUUGUAUUGUAAGAAAUAUACAGAUUACUUUCUACCAUAUUUGUUCUAAAAUAUUAAUGGAAUAUGGUUCAAUAUACUGAGUGUACAAAACAUUAGGAACACCUUCCUAAUAUAAAGUUUUGCCCCCUUUUGCCCUCAGAAAGUGGUUAAUUUGUCGGUGCAUGGACUCUACAAGGUGUCAAACGCAUUCCACAGGGAUUCUGGCCCAUGAUGACUCCAAUGUUUCCCAUAGUUGUGUUAAGUUGCCUGAAUGUCCUUUGGAUGGUGGACCAUUCUUGAUAAUACACAGGAAACUGUUGAGCAUGAAAAACCCAGCAGAAUGGCAGUUCUUGACACACUUAAGAACUGCAAAGGCACUCAAGAACUAUCAAAGGCACUUAAAUAUUUUUGUGUCUUGCCCAUUCACCCUCUGGAUGGCACACACACAAUCCAUGUCUCACGGCUUAAAAAUCCUUCUUUAACCCGUCUCCUCACCUUCAUCUAUACUGAUUUUAAGUGGAUUUAACAAGUGACAUCAAUAAAGGAUCAUAGCUUUCACCUGGUCAGUCUGUCAUGAAAAUGUUUUGUACACUCGGUGUAUAUCAUGAAUAAAGACUAAGGGCUCUAUUUUAACAAGGCUAACACAAUGGUAAGUCUUCGUGCAGUCAGUGGCUUUAUGGGUUCGGGAUGUCAUGUUUUUGGUAUUUUCACUAUUGGUGCAGUAGCUGGCUGUGGUGCGAAAGAGCUGGGUUUUGAUGAACAAACCUGUUGUUGGUGUGUCGAGGUUUGGCCCCUCACCGGCCAAUCAGAACGUGCUCCAUGGCUAAAUAUGUGGUGGCGUCAAGUUGUGUGUACGCCAUUUUAUGCGUUAAACCAAAAACAAUGUUUCUAAAUAGGAUCGGGUCAGAUGCAUGAUAUCAUACAUGGGUUCUCAUUCCAUGGCACUGUGUACACGUGGUCUAAAUGUCUUUACACACAACAUUCUGACGACUAUACAAAAUACUAGGCUCCUGUCAAUUGUAUUGUUGCCUAUGUUGCAGGCUGUUUCUCAAACAAAAUUGCUGUUAUGUCAUUAUAGUAGGACUGAAUAGUUUGGAGGAGUGUGGCUUUGGUAAUCAAACAAGGGGUGUUCUUUGAAAAUGGGGAUAGAUAGCCUACUUGAACAAGCGAAAUGCUGGUAUGUGAAUAAUUAAAAAGCAUUAGGGCAAAAACCUAGUUUCAAAGCACUCAGACUAUUUAAAAUUGCUUUAUUCAUACUAAUUUUGGCUAACGGCCAUUGCGUGAGAGUUAAGAUAUUUUUACCAUUUAGUCAUUUAGCAGACGCUCUUAUUCAAAGUGACUUACAGGAGCAAUUAGGGUUAAGUGCCUUGCUCAAGGGCACAUCGACAGUUUAUUUUACCUAGUUAUCUCGGGGAUUCAAACCAGCAACCUUUCAGUUACUGGCCCAACACUCUUAACCACUAGGCUACCUGCCGCUCCACCUGCUUUUUGUGGGUCUUCAAACUUCCCUAUAGCACUGCAUGAAAUAGUUUUUAAGGACACGCCUCAAAUCUUGCCACCCAUCCCACCUCAGCACAAGCAACUGAUGUUAGGCAGUUAAAAUGCCGAACCUGGCGUUAGGGGAAAAUGCGCAGAAAAUGCUAGUGCAACAUUUUUUACAUGACGCAACUAAUGUGCGUUUGAUGCUUGCACCUCAACACCAGCCAACAAUAGAAACCUACGAGAUUCAGACAUAUAUUUGUUCAUUCUUUUCUGAAAGGUAUUUUUAUAUGAAUCUUAAUGAGCUGCUUAACACCUUCGUUAACAUAGUGCCAAAUAGUUUCUAAUGCUUAUUUCGUUGUAAGAAAUUGACAUAUUUUAAAGAAAAAGAUUGGAGGGAUUUUGCAGUUUUGAGAAUAUUGAAUUACAGUCGACUAGAAGAGUAUGCUGUUAUAUGACCAAAUACUAUUUGAGAUUCGCACAAUAGGCCCUCUAUUUGAGACACAAACUUAUACAAUGUUGUGAACUUAUAGGAUGGAUGAGCCAGUGAAGAGGAUUUUGCUACAGAACAUACAAAUCAAUAAUAUCCCUCUUUAUCUGGUUAGCGCACACAAUUCAUGCACAGGUGUUUGUACUGGUCAUUGUAACUGGCCAACUAUUUGGUCUAACACUUUCAUAGGGUACUAGCAAUUGAAAUUGUUUACAUGUUACAUAUUGCUGCAUUUAAAUAUGUGCUUUGUGUUUCUACUGUGGUACAAUCAAUGGUAACGUCUUUAAUGUGCUCAUAUUUGAGUCAAUUUAUAUUCGUUACAUUUUAUAUUUAUGUUAAUUUUGGGAGAAAUAAACACUAUUGUUUACUAAAGAAA